AUAGAAGUGAUUUUCAACAGUUUAAGAAAAUAUAAGAGUAGCGGCAAUGUUGAAACAACUAGUGUUGUUAAGUUUGCCUAUAACGCUGUACGCCUGGCAGCUGUGCCAUGAUGAGUCGUGCCAAAUCGCGAGCCGACAGGCGAGGAUCAUUGGAGGAGACAUCACGGAACAGAAUUCUAGGCCUUUUCAGGUCGCCCUGUACUCGCGGGUGGGAACCACGGGCGAGGUGGGGUUCUGCGGGGGUUCGCUCGUCCACCCGGAGUGGGUGCUGACCGCCGCGCACUGCUGCUACCACGACGGUCAGCAGGUUGACAAUGUGCAGGCAAUCCUAGGCGCGCACUCGCUGUACGACCGGUACGAGAACGGGCGCCGCAUCGUGAACGUGGACGAGGUGCGUGUCCAUCCAGACUGGGACGCGGACUCCUUCGCCAACGACAUCGCUCUAAUGAGGCUUGCUAACGUCAUGCAGCUUACAGAAACCAUCGAUGUAGUUCGUCUCCCGUACCUGAGUAUAUCCAACUUCAAUUUCGCUGGGAUGGGAGCCACGGCAUCCGGGUGGGGAAUUGCGGCGCCAGGUGUGGAGUUCGUGUCACCAACGCUUCGGGAGAAGCUAAUGACGGUGAUGACGGACACGAUGUGCAACAUACAGUAUUUCGACCAGCUGCCCGCCAACAUGGUGUGUGGCUUCCAUGCUACGGCAGGCACAUGCAAGGGAGACAAUGGUGGUCCAUUGACGAUAUGGUAUAAUGCCACAGAAGAAGUUAUUCUGAUCGGCGUGGCAUCGUUCGUUGACAAGAGCGGCUGCAACGACGAACUUCCCUCUGUGUUCACGCGCGUACAGCGCUACUUGCAGUGGAUCAGCGGCAAUACCGGCAUCGUACUUGAAUAACAUGCUUGCUAGU